AUGUGUGCUGUCAUGCUGGAUCCCAAAUACCUCGCCUUUGUGCGCAUGUCGGAUCCAGCCGCGCCCAGGCUCUUGUUAGAGCUAGAGGCUUACAUGCCUGACCACGGCGCCGAGCUAUGCCUUACAAUGCCGUACCGAAUCCAAUUCACCGUCACCCGCUCCGCCGACGAUGGUGAUAGCCGGCCUCUCCUCUGCAGCUGGUCGCCAUGGGGUAGCUGCCUAGCUCUGGGGUGUUUGGUGCUGCUGCACGAGAAUGCCGCUGGCGACCUGGAACGCGUCGAAGCGGGCGUGCUGGAGGGGCUCAUGGACAGUUUCUACAACGAAGAGAGCAGAAGAGAGCGAAGACCAUGCGGGGCCCCGCCGAUCAUGAUCGCAGAUUGCGGCUUCUACCGCUUCUGGACAGACGUGAAUGUCAGGGUUGGCGAUGAUGAUGAGGUCGAGCCAAGUGAUCAUUUCAAAUUUACGCAUACGGGUGCAGUCGUGGGCUGGUGGGACUGGGGGAGCAAGGAGAACCACGUCGAUACGGUAGUGAAGCUACCCUCUGAGAUUGCUGGCCCGGUAAAAGAGCUGAGUGAUAAUGGAAGGCGGCCGACGCUCGUGGUCCCUGGCUGUGAUACAGCAGAGUUUGUCUAG